UCAUCCCUUCCCCAAGCUUAAGACCGCUGUUUUGCGUUAAUGGCUCGCCGGAGCUAGAGGACCCGGGAGUCUGGAGAAGCGACGAGCUCAGCGUACCCGCGCACGUGUCGACCGCGAGCAAAAAUUGGAGAUAUUCGUCUCCAGAUACACUUGAAAGUCACGGAAACAUUACAAAAAGAACCAAGCCGAGGGCCGUUAUUUCCGCCUCUCGAUCUUCCGCCUCUCGAUCCGUCUGUCCUGCUAUCUCGGUCAAUACCGGGCCCCUGGGGCUCUCUUCACUUCCCCAUCACCAUGUCCGCGGACAACUCCCGAUCGGCCCAGCAGGGCGCAAGCUUGUCUGCUGCUUCCAAGGAUCUGUACCCGAUGAGCGAGUGGAAGUAUGACACAUUUCUGUGGACGCUGUCAGUGCUGGUGGACCUCUUCUUCCGUGAAGUACAUCCCCGCGGCGCCUGGAGAGUGCCCCGGCAUGGCCCAGUGCUCUUCGUCGCUGCUCCACAUGCAAAUCAGUUCGUGGAUGGCCUCAUUCUCCAGCGCACACUCAAGAACGAGGCGCGCCGCCGCGUCUCGCUUCUCAUCGCACAAAAAUCGGUGAAGGGGUUCAUUGGAUGGGCGUCGCGGCAGGUUGGCUCGGUUCCUGUCGGCCGAGCGCAAGACUCGGCGAAGCCUGGACAGGGCACCAUCUACCUACCUGAUCCCGUCAACGAUCCGACCCUCAUUCGCGGCAUCGGCACAGACUUCGAGAAGCAGGCUGAAGUCGGUGGCAUGCUCUUCCUCCCGUCUGCUAAGGGUCAGAGCGGGUCGAGCGUCGAUGUCGCGCAGAUCAUCGGGCCCGAGGAAAUCCGCAUCAAGCGUCCAUUUACUAGCAAACUUGCCAUGAUGCAGCUCACUGGCCGCGAGGAUAUCGAUGAUAACGGCAAGUUUACGGAUAAGGACACCACCGGGCCGAAACCCGGCUACGAGGGAACCAAGUACAAGCUUGCCCCGCACAUCGACCAAUCCAAGGUCUACCAGGCCGUGUUCGACCGUCUUAAAUCUGGCGGGUGCGUCGGCAUCUUCCCGGAGGGAGGUAGCCACGACCGCACAGAUCUCCUCCCGCUCAAGGCGGGCGUGGCCAUCAUGGCUCUGGGAACGCUCGCCGAAGCGCCCAACUGUGGCCUCAAGAUCGUCCCGGUCGGCAUGAACUACUUCCACGCCCACAAGUUCCGCUCGCGGGCCGUCAUCGAGUUCGGGCCUCCGUUCGAAGUCCCGGCAAAGCUUGUCGACAUGUACAAGAACAACCAGAGGCGAGACGCGAUCGGCCAGCUCCUAGACAUGGUGCACUCGGCGCUCAGCGCCGUCACCGUCUCUGCACCCGACUACGACACGCUGAUGGUGAUCCAAGCCGCGAGGAGGCUCUAUAACCCUACCGGCAAGAAGCUUCCUUUGCCCAUCGUUGUCGAGCUGAACCGCCGGUUAGCCAUGGGGUACGAGAGGUACAAAACAGAUGAGCGGAUCAUCAAGCUUAAACAAUCGGUCGCCGAAUACAAUAAGCAACUCCGCUAUCUUAACCUCCGCGACCAUCAGGUCGAGUACGGCAGAAUGGCGUGGCCAACAGUCGUCUUGACAUUUAUCUACCGGCUCGGCAAGCUGCUCGUUCUCUCUGCCGGCGUGCUCCCUGGGCUCGUCCUCUUCGCGCCCGUCUUCAUCGCGACAAAGUACAUCAGCGUGCAGAAGGCAAAGACGGCACUGGCCGGCUCCUCAGUCAAGAUACAGGGAAGGGACGUGAUGGCAACAUGGAAGCUCUUGGUCGCGAUGGCCUUUGCGCCCAUCCUGUACAACUUCUACACGUGUGUCCUGGCCUACAGGGUCUAUCGGGACCGGCUCUUUGGCUACGUCCCCGAGUGGGUGCCCGUCUGGGCCGUGUUUCUGGCCGGCUGGGUAGUCUUCCCAGCCAUCACCUUUGCGGCGCUCCGAUUCGGCGAGGUGGGCAUGGACAUUCUCAAAUCGCUCAGGCCACUCGCGCUCUGCAUCAACCCGUCGUCAAGCUACAACAUCAGCCAGCUCCGCGAACGGCGCGCCGAGCUCAGCGCGGAGGUCACGCGCCUCAUCAACACGCUCGGGCCCGAGAUGUUCCCCGACUUUGAGCACACGCGCCUGGUCUUCGACGCCAACCCGCGCGCGCUGGCAACCGACACCGCCAGCCAGGACGGCAUGUCGCCGGUCUCGCCCGCCAACCAGACAGCGCACACGCGCAGCCGCAGCGGUGCGUCCACGCCCGGCGGGCCCGGCAGCCCCGGCAGCCCGCCGCUCCUGCGGCGCAGCAGCACGACGCAGUCGAGCCGCGCGAUCCCGCGCAACGAGUCGUUCAGCAACAUCGGCCAGGCGCCGCUGUUCGCCACGCGCCCGCCCAGCCGCGACCGGAGCAGGAGCAGCAGCGCCGGGGGCGGCCUGGCCUCGGCCUCGGGCUCGGCCGCCUUCCCCGUCAGCGCGUUCACGACGCUGGAUAGCAAGGAGGGGUUCGACCACGCGAACCGCAGGAUCCGCGAGGCGAUGAGGGAGCGGGGCGAGCUCAGGCGCCGGCAGCGGCUGAAGCUGAGGGAGAAGAGGAUGGAGUGGGCUGGGGCGGACGACGACGACGACGAUGUGGAGGAGGCGGAGCUGGAGGAGGAGGAGGAUGAGGAGGUGACGAGUGAUGAGGCGGAGAGUGGUGUCGGCAGCUCGGUGGCGGAUUAUGAGGAGGCGAGGAAGCAGAGGUGAAUGGAGAAGGGUGGCUGUGGUGUGUUUCUGCUAUCUUUCUCUGUGUUCGAUGUCUCUUGUUUUCUCAUUGGGGUAAUAUGGGAGCGGAUGUGGCUUCCAUGUAUCACCAUGGUUAUCUUGCCGUUAUCGACUCUGGACUGGGCGGCUAGCGGUGUACUGCGUUCUAAAAAAAGGGUUUCGAAGGAUUGAAAAUCGUCUCCUGGGCGAGCUUCAUGAGUUUACGCUGGGCUUGUCGUAGAUCUAGAUCUGUCUCCUUGCACGAGAUGGAUGAUGAGGGGUGUUUGAUGCGAAUGAAGAACGGUUAAGAAAGAACAACCGGUUGUUGUUGCUUUCCCUUUUUGGCUUUCCCUUUUUGGUGUUCCUCGUCUUCUCCGGGCCGCUGCGCCUCCCUUUUUGGUGCAACCUUCCGCUUCGAUGUCAGAUGAUCUGAUAAGUUAACUACCUUAGGCACCCACCCUACGGAGUUAGUUGGCUGC